GUGCCUGGAUAGAAAGGGCUGAAGCGGCGAUCUUUCCCAAAUGCGGUCCGGGUGGUGACUCCCGCAGCUUUGGCUGGGGAUUCUGGGCGCUGUAGUCCGUGGGAGCUGCUCAAGGGCACCUAUUGGGGAAAGAUCCUGUUUCUUGGAAAAGAAGUGAUGAUGGGGGGGUUCUGCCUAAUUUACCGGUAUACUGCCUUUGAAGGUAGAGGCUCUAUUCUGUUCCAAGACCGUCUUGUGCCAAUCCCUCUCUCUCUCUCUCUCAGCCCAGCCCACCUCACAGGGUGGUUGUUGCGAGGAAGAUGUAGAUUCUUUCAUGAAACAGCCAGGAAAUGAAACAGCAGAUGUAGUACUCAAGAAGCUGGAUGAACAGUAUCAAAAAUAUAAAUUUAUGGAGCUUAACCUUGCCCAGAAGAAAAGAAGAUUAAAAGGUCAAAUUCCUGAAAUUAAACAGACAUUAGAGAUCUUAAAACACAUGCAAAAGAAGAAGGAAUCUACAGAUCUGAUGGAAACCAGAUUCUUAUUGGCAGAUAAUGUCUACUGUAAAGCAUCAGUUCCUCCUACAGAUAAAGUUUGUCUCUGGUUAGGGGCCAAUGUUAUGCUGGAAUAUGAUAUUGACGAAGCCCAGGCACUGCUAGAAAAAAAUCUUAGCACAGCUACAAAAAACCUUGAAUCCCUAGAAGAAGAUUUGGAUUUCCUUAGAGAUCAAUUUACAACUACAGAAGUCAAUAUGGCCAGAGUUUAUAAUUGGGAUGUAAAGCGAAGAAACAAGGAUGACCCUGCUAAGAACACAGCAUAGUUCUGCUAGUUUUAAAUACGGUUUUGUUUUUUCUUACUUUUAAACUACGGUUCGGUUCAGCCUUUGAUGGACUGUGUUUAAUUUAAUCUUUUUGGUUGUUGACAUAAUGGCGAGCAUCUUUGGUUUUUUUAUUCUUUAAAAAGGGCAAAUCUUAUUUGGUCCCAUGCAUGCUUCAUGCAAUUGGCUUGUUGGAAAAGGAGCCACAACAGUAUGUAGUGAAGAAGCCCCUCAUCAAUCUGGGAUUUGAGUCAAGGGAAUUAGAAAGGGUCAUUUUGUAAGUCACAGAUACUCUUUGAUGCUCAAGAUUUAUUAAAGAGGUCCACAGAAUAUAUCAUGGGGACAAACAUAGAGCUGAUGUGACAGAGUGAAUACAUCGUUAUGUUUUUGGCAAAUGACCCCUUUAAUAUCACCCUCCAGACGUUCUCUGUUUAAUUCUGUUCCGGAGAAUGGCUCAUCUUGGUACUUCAAAAGAUCACAAUUGACCUUUGAAGGGUUAAAUAAUAAAACACUGAAUCCUGUUUGUAGUCUUAGUUGGUCCUUGUAUACGUAAAUAUCAAUUCCUCCCGAUUUUUCAAAUGGGCAGCCAAAUUUUUUAAUACUUUGCUUCAUUUUACUGGCAUGCUGGCCAUUCUUCCCGUUUGGUCCAGAUGUCUCAACACUUGCAAAGAUACUUGCUGCAACUUCUGGAACAUAAAUGGUGUAUUGCAGCUCAGCUGUGUUGUCAGGUUGAAUGUUAUUCCCAUGUUGCUUAUUAAGGAAGCCUUGCAAAAAUGUUGCCUUGACACCUUUUCUUUGAAGCACACCUGAUGGCCAAAUUAGCAGUGUAACUACCGUAGCUGCUCAGGUUUCACCUCACCAUUCAGUGCAAAUGUUAACUGGCUUCUAGUUUCAUUUAAUAAACAAUAUCUGUAAA